AUGACCAAAGUUCACACGUUGAAUCUCUCGAAGUUGCUGUUUAUGGACUUGUCUGAUAACUCUUUGGCUUUAAGUUUCAGUCCUGACUGGUCUCCUUCCGUCAAACUGCAAAGCAUCUUUCUGAAAAAUUGCAAAUUGGGGCCUCAUUUUCCGAACUGGCUGCGAAAUCAAAAGCUUUGUUCAGAGCUUGAUAUCUCUAUUGCUGGAAUUUCAGAUGCUGUCCCAAAUUGGUUCUGGGACUUCUCCUCUAGUCUAUAUUAUCUAAAUGUCCCUCACAAUCAGCUGAAGGGAAUAUUACCGGAUUUAUCAUCCAAGUUCAGUGGAUUUCCUGGAACUGAUCUUAGUUAUAAUUGUUUUGAGGGUCCAAUACCACCAAUUUCUCCCAAUAUGACAGGUUUAAUUCUUUCCAAAAACAGUUUUUCAGGGACGAUUUCUGUUUUAUGUGCAAGAUGGAUAGGUGAUAGCCUAGCAAAUUUGAUUGUUCUAAGUUUGAGAUCCAAUCAGAUUCAUGGAAGCAUACCUGAACAGCUUUGUGAUCUAGCAAAGCUUCAAAUUGUGGACUUUUCUUAUAACAAAGUUUCAGGAAAAAUGCUAAAUUGUCUUGGGAAUAUUACUGCAAUGGCUCAAACAGAAAGCUCAACUGCAAUCCUCACAUACCCAUUUGAUUUUGCUGCCCCAAAUGAGUAUUUUGCUUGUCUACUCAAUUACACUGACCAAAUCCCUGCAAAGAUUGGUGAGUUAACUUUGUUGAAUUCACUUGACUUGUCAAGCAAAAAGCUUAAUGGUAAAAUUCCUGAAAGUUUUUCUCAAUCGGGUCAUCUGGAGCUCUGUGGGUCUCCUCUUUCAAAGAAAUGCAAGGAAGAUGAAUCUUCUCAGGAUCCUGCCAUUGGUGGAGUGCUGGAGUGCAGGAUAAUGAGGAAGGAUUCAUAG